AUGCCCGUCGCCGACAGACCACCGCAGACUCUGUAUGACAAGGUCUUCCAGGCCCACAUCGUCGACGAGAAGCUCGAUGGCACAAUUCUGCUAUAUAUUGACCGUCACCUCGUUCACGAGGUCACCUCUCCGCAAGCAUUCGAGGGGCUCAAGACUGCUGGUCGCAAGGUGCGAAGACCAGACUGCACUCUGGCCACCACUGAUCACAAUGUGCCGACGAGCUCGCGUAAAGCCCUCAAAGAUAUCGCCAGUUUUAUUAAGGAGGACGACUCGCGGACUCAAUGCGUGACCCUCGAGGAGAACGUUAAAGACUUUGGCAUUACAUACUUCGGUCUGAGCGACAAGAGGCAGGGUAUUGUCCACGUCAUUGGCCCCGAGCAGGGCUUUACUCUGCCCGGCACCACUGUCGUGUGCGGCGACAGCCACACGUCCACCCAUGGCGCGUUUGGCGCCCUCGCCUUCGGCAUUGGCACUAGCGAGGUCGAGCACGUGCUGGCCACGCAAUGCCUCAUCACCAAGCGGAGCAAGAACAUGAGGGUACAGGUCGACGGCGAGCUGGCGCCGGGCGUCAGCUCCAAGGAUGUCGUCCUCUACAUCAUUGGCAAGAUAGGAACCGCCGGCGGCACCGGAGCCGUCAUCGAGUUUUGCGGCUCUGUCAUCCGCAGCCUCAGCAUGGAGGCCCGCCUUAGCAUCUGCAACAUGGCGGUCGAGGGCGGAUCGAGGGCUGGCAUGAUCGCCCCGGACGAAAUCACCUUUGAGUAUCUCAAGGGCCGGCCGCUGGCACCCCCGUACGGCUCCGACGAAUGGAACAAGGCCGUCGCCUACUGGAAGUCGCUCGCCUCGGACCCCGACGCCAAGUACGACGUCGACGUCUUUAUUGACGGCAAGGACAUUGUCCCCACCGUCACCUGGGGCACCAGCCCAGAGGACGUAGUUCCCAUCACCGGCUCCGUUCCAGACCCCGAGACGUUUUCCACCGAGGGGAAGAAGGCCGCUGGCCGGCGUAUGUUGGAGUACAUGGGACUCACAGCCGGAACACCCAUGCAAGAUAUCUCGGUUGACAAGGUCUUCAUCGGCUCUUGCACAAAUUCCAGGAUCGAGGAUCUCCGGGCUGCCGCCCGUGUAGUGAAGGGGAAGAAGAUUGCUGCCAAUAUCAAGCGCGCUCUGAUUGUCCCCGGCUCCGGUCUCGUCAAGGAGCUGGCGGAGAAGGAAGGUCUGAACAAGGUCUUCACCGAUGCCGGUUUCGAGUGGCGGGAGGCUGGCUGCAGCAUGUGCCUGGGGAUGAACCCCGAUAUUCUGGCUCCCAAGGAGAGAUGCGCUAGCACGAGCAACCGGAAUUUCGAAGGACGCCAGGGCUACCAGGGCCGGACGCACCUCAUGUCACCGGUAAUGGCCGCAGCCGCCGCUAUCGCGGGUAAGCUAGCCGACGUGCGAGAAUCGGCCCAGUUCAAUGGUAGCCCGCAAAUCAAGGCUGCCGUUACUCCCGAGACCCCCGAGCUGGCUCCUACAAAGGCGCACCCCGACGAGCGAAUCGAGACAGACGACACUGAGAAGGAGAUGCUCGCUGACCAGCCCCAAGAUUCAUCUCCACAGGUGAAUACUUCGGUUUCACGAACCAGCGCCGGGCUGCCAAAAUUCAUAGUCCUCAAGGGCAUUGCAGCGCCGAUGGAGAAGGCCAACAUCGACACCGAUGCCAUCAUCCCCAAGCAGUUCCUCAAGACGAUCAAGCGUACAGGCCUCGGAUCUGCACUCUUCCACGAGAUGCGGUAUACAGAUGGCGAGGAGAACCCCAACUUUGUGCUCAACAAGGAGCCCUACAGAAACUCGAAGAUUAUUGUGUGCACCGGAGAGAACUUUGGAUGCGGCAGCUCGCGAGAGCACGCACCAUGGGCGCUCAACGACUUUGGUGUGCGAAGCGUCAUCGCGCCCUCGUUCGCCGACAUCUUCUUCAACAACUCGUUCAAGAACGGGAUGCUGCCGCUGCCCAUCAAGAACAAGGUCGACCUCGAGGCCAUCCACGCCGAGGCCGUCGUCGGGCGCGAGAUCGAAAUCGAUCUGCCGAACCAGCUCAUCAAGGAUGCUGACGGCAAGACCAUCUGCAGCUUCGAGGUGGAGGAGUUCCGCAAGCACUGCCUGAUAAACGGGCUCGAUGACAUCGGCCUGACGAUGCAGAUCGAGGAUAGGAUUCUCGAUUACGAGACGAAGAUGUCGCUCGAGACGCCCUGGCUCGACGGCAGGGGCUACCUCAAGCGGAAGGGCCGCGGAGGCAAGCUUACUGUCAAGGCGGCGCCCGUUCCGAAGACAAAUCGGGGCGAGGUGAAAAAGGAGCCUCUGGAGUGGUGA